UUAAGUCACCAGAAAAGGUGGCUGAUCCUUCGGAGGCAGACCCCUCCUCAGGAAGCAUAUAUUUUGCCUACAAAUUAAGUCCAACCUCACCGCCAACUUAAUUGGUUGCUUUCACUCCACCUCUUCACUUGUGUGCCUUCUUCUCCUUCUUCUUCUUCUUCUUCUUCUUCUUCUUCUUCUCUCUCUCUCUCUCUCUCUCUCUCUCUCUCUCUCUCUCUCUCUCUCUCUCUGUGUUUUUGUGUGUUCAUGUUUUCUAGCUAUAUCUAGGGUUUGCUUGUUACUACAGUUUCAGGCUUUUCUUUCAGGUGUUAUAUGUAUAAAAGAGCACUGUAAUUGAUAUUAACAUUAAUUUAUUCAGCUUCUGCUUGCUGAGUACAGCUCUUACUAAAAGUGAUUAAAGUUUCAUCUAUAUCUAGUAACUUUAAAUAGUUUGGGGAAAGAGAGAAGAAUACUAGUACGUUUAAGGUAUGGAUGAGAGAAGUGAUAUGAAUAUUAUUGGAGGAGAUAAAAUGGAUGAAGUGAUGCUUCCGGGGUUUCGUUUUCAUCCAACUGAUGAGGAGCUUGUUGGGUUUUAUCUCAAGAGGAAGAUUCAGCAGCGCCCUCUCUCUAUUGAGCUCAUCAAGCAACUAGACAUCUAUAAAUUUGAUCCCUGGGAUCUUCCAAAGUUGGCAGCUUCCGGGGAGAAGGAGUGGUAUUUCUACUGCCCAAGGGACAGAAAAUACAGAAACAGCACAAGGCCGAACCGGGUAACUGGAGCCGGGUUCUGGAAAGCCACGGGAACCGACCGACCCAUCUACUCAUCCGAAGGUGCAUGUAGCUCCAAGUGCAUUGGGUUGAAGAAAUCACUUGUUUUCUACAAAGGCAGAGCUGCCAAAGGGGUCAAAACCGACUGGAUGAUGCAUGAGUUUCGCUUACCGUCUCUCACCGACUCACUCCAAACAAAGAGAUCAUCAUCAUUCAUGGACAAAACCAUUCCUGCAAAUGACUCAUGGGCAAUAUGCAGGAUAUUCAAGAAAACAAAUUCAAGUCAUGCUCAUCAAAGAGCCCUUUCUCAUCACUCUUGGGUGUCUGUCUUGCCUGAAACAAACACAUAUGAUGAUCAUAUGCUAGGCUCCAAAGCUGCACACAGUGCUGCUCAUCAUCAUCACCAACAUGAGUUUAGUUCAGAGAGAAUGCCAUUGACAUCAAAAACCAAUUCAACCACCAACUUCUGUGCUAACAACAACAAUGACAUACAAAUCUCAUCCACCACAAGUUCUAUGUCCCCUUUAGAUAUUUACACUAGCUCCUACAAACCCAUGAACCCAUUGAUGAUGGGUUGCAACAUCAAACUACCCUAUCAGUACUUUCCCAUUUCCAAUUCCAAUGGAGACUACUUUUCUAGCACCCCUAGCUUCACAUUUUCAUCAUCACCUCUAGAAACUCCAUCAGGACCGGUGGCUAAAUGCGCCGUGGAUGUGUCGUCUUUGUUGUUGAAUAUGUCGUCUUCGAUGCUUGGAGAUUAUAAUAGUAGCAACAGCAUCAACAAGGCUUCUGCAGAGAGCACUAAUUUUGAAUUUAGUACCACCACUGGAUCACAAGAUCAAUGUAAUGGCGGCUUCUCAUCCAUGCCAUUGCCACAUCAUCAUGAGGUCGCGCAAGGUAAUAAUAACAUGGGCAAUGGUCAUGACACUGUUGUUGGGUUGAUCAAGAACAAUGUUUCAAAUGUGAACUCGAACUUGACAGAAGACGCAGAUGAUCAACAAUGGGAGACGAAUGUGAGAUCCAAUAUUGGGUUUCCCUUGAUGAUGAGCAAUAGUUUACCUUUGCCUUUGAAUAUAGGAGGAGGGGGAGGAGGAGAUGCAUGGAAGUCGAGUUUGACGUGGGAGUCUUCACCAUGUCCAAGUGAAAUGUCCACAACCAGAUGCUAUACUUGAAAUUAGUUACAUAAGAAACAUUUUGUCAGUGUCUCAAAAACCAUUUGUUUCUUAAUUAUAGCUUAACUUUUAGUUAGCUAGCUAUAGCUCAGUUAAUUAAGUUUCAUCUCUAGUGGGAUUCUUUUUGCUAA